GGCUAUCAGUAGGAGGAGGAGAGCUGAUGAGACGAGGAGCCUUACGAACAGAGAGAGGGAUAGAAUCCGAAAGAGGGCAAAAUGGGUACUUCCAAAACUUUAUUUGACAACAAAAAUAACGUUACUGGAAACGCUGUGCCGAAUGGCACACGGGGCACUCAUACCAGAGAAGUGAGAAGGAGCAGAGGACUGUGAUACCCUCUCCUCAACAGGGCACCCGACGCACUAAUACAUGCCCGUGAAUGAGUUGAAAAAUUCGGCCAAGGUUAACCACAGUGAGCGCGAGUUUCAAAAAACCCUUAAUUUUUGUGCCAAACGGCAAACGGUUUCCAUUCUAGGGUUAAGCAGUAUAGGAUAUACGUUGUCAGGUCCGGGGCUUGUAUUUGUUUUAAGGGACUGGAGAGCUUUAAGGACUUCAUCGGUAGUUAUUACAAAGUUAGGCAAUGCCUGCUCAAGAGGAGGAAGAAUCUUCCUCCAAGAGAGCGACCCGCUGAGGGCCACUCCAUGUAUUAUUCCUCCAAGGAUAAAACUAAGCGUAAGGAAAAGAAAAUACAAGAAAUAAAAGACCAUAAAUAAAAUGCAUAAAAAGACAACAACUUAGGGCAUAAAAAGUCUCCAAUUAGAAAGAAAAGAAGAAAAAAUAGGGAAAAGAGGCAAAUAGGAAAAUAGGAAAACCUGAAUAUAGUGUGAAGAAGAGAAAAAAGAAGCAGAUCACAAAAGAAGAAGAAAAUACGGAAAUAAAAGAAAAAUGGGAAAAAAUAUGUACUAAAUCAGAAGAGGAAAACAGGAAAAUCUGAAUCUAGGUACACAGAAAAAAUAAAGAAUCAAGAAGGACCUAAGAAGAUGUGCAAAGAGGAGAUUUGAUUGAUUGAUAGUUUAUUGUUGCAGAUAAACAAGAGGAGAAGGGAAAAGAAGAAAACAGGGAAAUAAAAUAAAGAAAUGGGAAAAUAGGUCAAUCGGAAAGGAUAAAAUAGGAAAGUCUGAAUAUAGGGAGACAGAAAAGUGAAACAAUCAAGAAGGAGCCAAGAAGCUAUAAAGGAAGGAGAAGAAGAAGAGGAGGAGGAAGCAAACAAGUCCCCUGUGACAUCAAGAUCAAGGUCGAGGUCCGCCGCGUGCCCUGAAGUGCCCUGGCAGUGUUUCUCGUGGAGGAGGAGGAGCCCCUCGGCGUGCAGGCCCCCAGGCACAUGACUUUGUGUCCCAAUGUCCACCACUGGUGUUAGUGUUGAAGUGAGGCAUCGAGACAGUUGCUGUGGUCAGUACUUGUUCCGUCCCUGCUGCCGCUGACUUCAGGACUCCUUGGUGCAUCCCUCGCCUUGCCUGCUCAAUUGGUCACUGAAUGUGGCUUUGAAGCAACCUCGCCGCCUUCUCCAGCAUCUCCGAGGUUCCUCAAGGCCAGCCAACUCCUCACAUCCAGAGUAGUGUUGCAGUGGAGGCUGCAAGGCGGGACAGCAGCUGGAGUGGCUGGGAUCAGCAGGAGCAGACUGCUACUGGUGUGAGGUUCAGGAGUGAUAAAAAACACCACCAACACAACCACAACAACUGCUGGCCUCUUCAUCCACAAAGGGGGAAGUUUGAAUUUCAGAAGUGUGAGAAGAUCUGAGAAUGAGAGCAAGUUUACUGACCAAAGCCAAGAGUGUGAGAAAAGACAUGCAGGGAAGGAUGACCUCAACAAAUACACCCACACACUCUAGUGUAAGACCUCAUGAAAGUCGGGAGUGUGGCAAAAGGUUUAGUAAUAGGAGUAACCCCAAACAUCACACCCUUACACACACUGGUGCAAGAAAGCAUGAGUGUGAAGUUUGUGGGAAAUGUUUCAAUCAGAAGGGUCACCUCAACACACACACCCUUACACACACCAGUGCAAGAAAUCUUGAGUGUGAAGUUUGUGGGAAAUGUUUCAGUCAGAAGGGUAACCUCAAAUUACACACUCUUACACACACUGGUGAAAGAAAUCAUGAGUGUGAAGUUUGUAGGAAAUGUUUCAGUCAGAAGGGUAACCUCAAAUUACACACUCUUACACACACUGGUGAAAGAAAUCAUGAGUGUGAAGUUUGUGGGAAAUGUUUCAGUCUGAAGGGUAACCUCAAGAAACACACUCUUACACACACUGGUGAAAGAAAUCAUGAGUGUGAAGUUUGUGGGAAAUGUUUCAGUCAGAAGGGUAACCUCAAAUUACACACUCUUACACACACUUGUGAAAGAAAUCAUGAGUGUGAAGUUUGUGGGAAAUGUUUCAGUCAGAAGGGUACCCUCAAAUUACACACUCUUACACACACUGGUGAAAGAAAUCAUGAGUGUGAAGUUUGUGGGAAAUGUUUCAGUCUGAGGGGUACCCUCAAGAAACACACCCUUAUACACACUGGUGAAAGAAAUCAUGAGUGUGAAGUUUGUGGGAAAUGUUUCAGUCUGAAGGGUACCCUCAAAUUACACCUUGUUACACACACUGAUGCAAGAAGUCAUGAGUGUGAAGUUUGUGGGAAAUGUUUCAGUCAGAAGGGUACCCUCAAAUUACACCUUGUUACACACACUGAUGCAAGAAGUCAUGAGUGUGAAGUUUGUGGGAAAAGGUUCAAACUGAAGAGCAUAUUGGACAGGCACGUCUUCAGACACUCUGGUCAUAAAGGGUUCAAGUGCGAUGUUUGUGGGAAACGUUUCAUGACUAAGUGUGAGAUUGUCAAGCACAUGAAGGUCCACUUCUCCUGAGGUGCUGUGCUGAUUCAGUUCUGCUGUGUGUGUGAGUGCAAGUGUUUGUUGUGGUGGUGUUACAGGGCUGUGUGUAGCACAGAGAACAGAAAAUAUUCAUCUGUUGGAACAAAUGGUGACUGUGACGGCAUGAUCUGUUAUUCACUUUCCACCCCAGGCUUCAUGUGGUUGGUGGGUCCUGUGAAAGGUCUGAUCUUUUUGGUGACUGUGCUGGGCUGGCUGUUGUGGCCUGGGCUUAUUGGUCAAGUGUGUGUGUGUUAAUAGUAAUAAUAUAGUGUAUUUGGUCUUACCAGCCGCUAGGCUAAAA